UCUCCAUGCCUUUGUCUUUUUACAGUCAAUAGGAAGGUGGACUUUAUAGAGAGAGAAAGAGAGUGUGAAGACUAACAGUAGUUGUACAUACAUAUAUACAAAUAUAGAGAGAUAAAGGAAAAGUACCGUAUGAUAUAGAGAGAGAAACUCAGCGAACGAUGAAACACAUUUUCAAGAAGCUUCACCAUCAAAAUCGAUCCAACGACGCUCAAUCUACUUCCUCGGCGGUUUCCUCAUCUUCGCCGGCGGCGGUAUCACCGUCGUCAUCGGCGUCAUGUGCUACCGAUCACCGGAAUUCGAGUUCUGUUGCUCAAUCACCGUCGGCUCCUUCCACGGCGUCGAGUGCCUCCACGACGGCCGCUGCUCCGACUAGUGCUGGUGGCGGAGGAGGGAAUAUUUCGACGAUCAAUCGGCAGCAGGAUUAUUAUACUUCGGAGGAAGAGUACCAGGUGCAGCUUGCCCUAGCGUUGAGUGUGUCAUCCUCGCAGGCUCAGGAUGCUUUCCCGUGCGAUGUUAACUCAAGCAACGGUCAAAUACUCGGGGGAGGGCGAACCGCUGCUGACUUGGCACGUGAUAGGGAGGAUGCCGCUGCGGACUUAUUAUCGAGGCAGUAUUGGGAUUAUGGUGUGCUGGACUAUGAGGAGAAAGUUGUUGAUGGUUUCUAUGAUGUAUAUACUCUCUUCACAGAUCCAGCAAGUCGUGGGAAAAUGCCAUCUCUUACUGAACUUGAAUCAAUUCCUGGGAGUUCUGACUUUGAAGGUGUAAUAAUUAAUCGGAGAAUUGACCCCUCCUUGGAAGAGUUGAUGCAGAUUGCACAUUGUAUUACAUUGGACUGCCCUGCCAGUGAGAUUAAUCUGUUAGUACUGAGGCUUUCGGAACUUGUAACAGAGCAUUUAGGUGGGCCAGUAAAGGAUGCAAAUAUCAUAUUGGCCAAAUGGAUGGAAAUAAGCAACGAGUUGAGGACAUCACUUCACACCAGUGUGCUGCCAAUUGGAUCCCUAAAAGUUGGGCUUUCACGUCACCGUGCAUUGCUUUUUAAGGUACUAGCUGACCAUGUUGGAAUACCCUGUAGACUUGUUAAAGGGAGUCACUAUACUGGCGUCGAAGACGAUGCUGUCAACAUUGUAAAGUUACCAAAUGAUAGCGAGUUUUUGGUUGAUCUCAUGGGAGCACCUGGCACACUUAUACCAGCUGAUGUUCUGAGUGCAAAGGAUGCUUCUUUUAAAUCAUAUGGUCCAAAAUUGAACAAGAUUCCAAGUUUUCCGUCCAAUAAUGAUUCUGGAGUUUCUUACCCGAGGCCGAACUUGUUAUCUGGUCAAAUUUCUGGAUUAGGAGAUGAUUUCUCUAAUAGGUCUAAGCCUGAGAAGAUAGAAUCAGCUCAUUCAAUCUCAGAUGCAGGUGGUAGCUCCACCCCUGGUUCUUCAGCAAUCAUUAAAAGACCAUCUUCUUCAAAUCAGGUCGAUUGGACUUCGCCAUUAGCAAUUGGAACUUCUUUGUACAAAGGGGGCCGUGGACCCAAUGCUGCUGGCGAUGGCUUGAGGCUGAAUGUAAAUGUGGUUCCUUACGAUCAGAAUAACCCGGAGGACCCAAAGAAUCUUUUUGCUGAUCUUAAUCCGUUUCAAGUAAGAGGCUCUGGCAAUACAGUGAUGCAGAAAAACCCUGCAAGAAACAAAGUCAGUGAAUUGCAACAGCCGAAAAAUACUUUGGUCACUGGACGACCUCCUGCCCCUAUGAUGUGGAAAAAUCGGUAUGCACACAAUGAGGUCCCCUGGAAAAACGAUUCUGAUUCUGAGGCACUUUUUCCAAAGAAGAACUGUGGAUCUAGUGGCUAUAAUACAUCAUCAAUAGCAUCUACCAGCUCAAACAUACCACAGAAAUCUUCCCCUGAUACCUCCAGGUUACAUGGAAACUCACAUCCUGCCUAUAGAGGAAAUGAAGGGGUUACUUCCACCCAGGAUAACAGUUCCAAAUUAUCAGCUGAACUUGAGUUUAGAAGGUUGUCUGUUCAGGACAGUCAAAACGACAAUAGAGAAACAAGUCAAUGGGAGGGGCACAUUUUGCAGACUGAUGAGUUAAAUAGGACACAGGCACACGGACAAGCUAUUAUCCUGGAAAGUGACCACAUAAGAAAUUUGCAAGCUCAGUCAAUAGGAACAAAUAUAAAAUUGAAGGAGCCAGAAUAUCCAACUUCUUCAGGCGAUGUAGGUCGAAAUCAGGUUGAUCCUGUAUUUGACGAUGUUGGUGAUUGCGAAAUUCCAUGGGAAGAUCUUGUCAUUGGCGAGAGGAUUGGUCUUGGUUCAUAUGGGGAGGUUUACCAUGCAGAUUGGAAUGGCACUGAGGUUGCUGUAAAGAAGUUCCUCGAUCAGGAUUUCUCAGGUGCAGCUUUGGCCGAGUUUAAGAGAGAGGUGCGUAUCAUGCGUAGGUUACGACAUCCAAAUGUUGUUCGUUUUAUGGGUGCUAUAACUCGGCCACCCCACCUUUCUAUUAUCACUGAGUUCCUGCCACGAGGUAGCUUAUAUCGGAUAAUUCAUCGUCCUCAUUGUCAAAUUGAUGAAAGGAGAAGAAUCAAAAUGGCUCUUGAUGUGGCAAAGGGCAUGGAUUGCUUACAUACAAGCAACCCUACGAUUGUUCACCGUGAUCUGAAGUCACCUAAUCUCUUGGUUGAUAAGAACUGGACUGUUAAGGUAUGUGAUUUUGGCUUGUCUCGCUUGAAGCACAACACAUUUUUGUCAUCCAAAUCAACAGCUGGAACGCCUGAGUGGAUGGCGCCAGAAGUUCUUCGCAAUGAACCUUCAAAUGAGAAGUGUGACAUCUAUAGUUUUGGUGUCAUUCUAUGGGAACUUGCUACCUUAAGAUUACCUUGGAGCGGGAUGAACCCUAUGCAAGUGGUGGGAGCUGUUGGCUUCCAGAAUAAACGUCUCGAGAUUCCAAAGGAACUUGAUCCUAUUGUAGCAAGAAUAAUAUGGCAAUGUUGGCAAACUGAUCCAAACUUGCGUCCUUCAUUUGCUCAGCUAACAGUGGCUUUAGCACCAUUGCAACGUCUUAUCAUUCCUUCGUAUGUGGAUCAGCCCAGCUCCCAUUUGCCACAGGAAAUCUCAGUAAAUUCUACCCCGUAAAUUUUCCAGUUCCCUAAGUGCUAAUGUCGGCUGGUCAUUUUAUAUCUGGGAAAAGCAAGGUUUGGUUUUCGUUUCGUCCCUAUGCAAGACGAAAGAACGGAGACUGUCUUUUGGGCAAAGGAUAGAUGGUGCUUGUUCUCAGAGAGGUGCUUUAGGAAGAAAAAGUAAAAGCGACCUUGGUAGUGCUAUACUGCUAUUGAAAUGUGUCAUUUAUGUGUUGCUCUUCUUGUAUAGUGGUUGUGUAUAAGUUGAUCCCGAAGGGAGCGGUUGUCCUUUUGAGUUGUAUAUUCCUAAUGACAUAAAUUCCUUGGUUGAGGCCCCCUCGAAAUAAUGAGGUGGUGCCCGUAAUCAUUUAUCGCAUGAUCCCUGUAUAGGCUAUACAACAGUGGCUGAGUUGCCAGUUAUCACGAAUAUAGUAUUGAUCCCUUUGGCAAGUCUGCACUGUAUCGAUACUUGAAAAGCAAAAAAAGAUAAAUAUCUUCAGGUAGCCUGCUCGUGUGA